AUGGUGGAAAUAGACCAGGUGGUCUACAUUGGGCUGGAGCUGGUGAUCGCUUUCCUAGCUGUAGCUGGGAAUGUUCUGGUCUGCUGGGCUGUCUGCCUCAACUCAAACCUGCAAAGCAUCACCAAUUUCUUCGUCGUGUCACUGGCGCUGGCGGACAUCGCGGUGGGGUUGCUGGCCAUCCCGCUUGCCAUCGUCAUUAGCACUGGCUUCUGUGCGGACUUCCACGGCUGCCUCUUCAUCGCAUGCUUUGUCCUCAUGCUCACCCAGAGCUCAAUCUUCAGCCUUCUGGCCAUUGCGGCGGACCGCUACACUGCAAUCAAGAGACCACUCAGGUACACCAGCCUAGUGACAAGACAGAGGGCAAAAGGAAUUAUUGCUGUGUGCUGGGUCUUCUCAGUAGGCAUUGGCUCGACACCAAUGUUAGGCUGGAACAAAGGUGAGAACUCCAAAAACAGCAACAGCUCCUGUCCCGAUGGGAUGACAAAAUGUCUUUUUGAAGGCAUGGUUACCCUGGACUACAUGGUCUACUUCAACUUCUUUGGUUGUGUGCUGGUGCCCCUGUUGGUGAUGCUUGCCCUCUAUACUCGCAUCUUCAUGGCUGCAAGGCACCAGCUCCGACAAAUGCAGCUAAAACUUGCACACGGCCCAUUAUCCACGAGAACGAGUUCAACACUUAGGAAAGAGGUACAUGCUGCCAAAUCAUUGGCUGUUAUUGUGGGGCUUUUUGCUCUCUGUUGGCUGCCUCUACACAUCAUCAACUUCUACAACCUGCUGUGCCAGAAUCGUAACCGUCCAGGUACAUGGGUGAUGAACAUGGCCAUCAUCCUCUCUCAUGCUAACUCUGCGGUUAAUCCUUUCAUUUAUGCCUUCCGCAUUCAGGAGUUUAGACACACCUUCCACAAGAUUUUGUACCGGCACCUUUUUUGGCAGAGGAAUGGGCACGGGAUUGGUGCUGGGAACAAUGGUGGCAGGGGUGCUACGACACUCCUCCCAGGGUACAGCCUUGUGGAUCAGACCAUCGCGCCUUCCCAGGGUUAUCAAAUGGGCACCUCCCUUCACUGCUGUUUUGUCAAACAACCCAUGACACCCCGGGAGGGCUCGACAACAGAGCCAGUGUCCUGGAACUAUCCCGUCAGCCUUGCAGGUCUGGCCACCACUCACCUCUGCCCUGCUUCUCCUCCCCCGGGUAAGUUUUGCCGCCGCUCGCUCCUCUUGAGCCAGAGCCACCGGGAUGCUGUCUCUCCCUGCCUGCGGAUAUCUGCCACCAGCUUCUUACAGGCUGCUCCUCUGACUCCUAGGACCCUCCGGAGCUCCCCAGAAUGA